GACGCGCGCGCGCCAAAUCGGAUUCCUCGCCAUUCUAAAUCGAUCCCCCCAGGAUUGUCUGAAGAGCCGCAGGUCGGCUGUAUCUACCCUGUCUGUCUGUCUUUGCGCUAGCGGAUAGUCACAUCGUGUUUCAACGUCGCCACCACCACUCUUUAGCACUUUACAGUCUAUGUCCCAGUAUCGUGAUCUGGGCGAGGGUUCUUCUGGAAAAAUGGCUAUCUCAUACGCAAGUGGAAUGACAGCCGAUCAUACUCCAGCCCUCCCUUCCUUCCGAGAGCUUCUUCCUCCUCAUCUCCACGAUGAAAUUGAAUCGACUUCAUAUUUCGCCUCCCGCCAGCAUCCACAGACGCGCGAAAGACCCCUUUCAGCUAGUUUCGACCUGACACCAACCUCCCGAUCUCUGUCCGAUCGCCUGCCCUAUGCCACCCCCUCAAAGCUACCAUUGGCGGACGACUUCCGGCCUGGUGAACUUUUUUCACGAGAUAGCAGCAGCCCCCUUCAUAGCCGUCUAGCCGGAAAUCCCCCUCAGUCCGCUUCAGCUUCGACUCGAUUUACUUCGCGUGGUCCCAGUCCCAUUCUGCCGUCGAUCCGCGAUCUUCAGUCUCUGCCCGAACGGGGGAUGUCCCCUUCAUCGGCUGCAUUCUCGGAAUCAAGGGGCUUGUCGCGACCCGAGUAUGCGGCACAGGAUUUUCGCGCUGGGCCUAUGAGCGGUCACGGUUUUCCUGCAGCCAACAUUUCCGGCCCCUUGAAUGAUAGGAGGAGUGCGGACUCGUUUAUGGGCGGCGCUGGGCCGCAUUCGUUGCCCAACCAGGUCGCAUACCCGUACCCCACGAUGGCGUACCAGAGCGACUCGGAGCAAGUCACCCCGCAAUCGCUAUCACACGCCCAGCAAUCCAAUUUUGGCAUCCUUGGCGAUCCGAUCGACUCCAAGAAUAAACGCAGACGGGGCAACUUGCCGAAGCCGGUCACGGAUAUCCUGCGCGCCUGGUUCCAUGAGCACCUUGACCACCCAUACCCCAGCGAGGAGGAUAAGCAGAUGUUCAUGACUCGUACGGGUCUUACGAUUAGUCAGAUUAGCAAUUGGUUCAUCAACGCAAGGCGGCGACAGCUCCCUGCCCUUCGCAACCAAAUGCGGAACGGUGGCAAUGACCUCGAUUCUCAGCGGCAGUCACCUUUCAGCGACGUGGAGCAUACGUCUCCUGAGUCAAUGCCGUCUCCCCACAUGGGCACGAAGCCCUGAAACGUUGCGAUCCAAUUGAUUCCGACGAGGAAUCCCGACUACUGGUCACAUUUGCCACGAAAUACAUCCACUACGUCAUGAGUUUACGGAGCCCCUGCGACAUUGACAAUCGAAUAGACAUGAGCUUUUGCCGACAGUUGUUUUAUUCCCUUUUUAUACUUUCUGGAUUGUCACAGAAUCUACGAGCCGAGCCGAGUGAGGUUGACAAGACCGCUCUUGAUACCCUUUAUCGUUUUCU